AUGAACUCACAAAACUGCUCAGCAGAGGAUGACCUGAUCCUGGAGGUAGUGAUCAUGAUCGGUACGGUGUCAAUGGACAACUCUUGUGCCGUCGUGCUGGCUAAGUCUGGCAUCAUUUCUGCUCUUAUUGAGCUGCUGAAUGCCCAACAGGAAGACGAUGAAUUUGUGUGUCAGAUCAUCUACGUUUUCUACCAGAUGGUCUUCCACCAGGCCACCAGAGAUGUCAUCAUUAAGGACACCCAGGCCCCAGCUUACCUCAUCGACCUUAUGCACGACAAAAAUGUGGAGAUCCGGCAGGUUUGUGACAACACUCUGGACAUUAUUGCCGUAAAGGCCCCAGCUUACCUCAUCGACCUUAUGCACGACAAAAAUGUGGAGAUCCGGCAGGUUUGUGACAACACUCUGGACAUUAUUGCCGAGUAUGAUGAAGAGUGGGGGAAGAAGAUCCAAAGUGAGAAGUUUCGCUGGCAUAACUCACAGUGGCUGGAGAUGGUGGAAAGCAGACAGAUGGAGGACGCCGAGCCAUACCUGUACGGAGACGAACCGGGCGCCCUGGAGCAGCCCGAUCUCUUCUACAGCACUGACGGUAUGAUGGCCCCAGAGCCAGGCCUCAGUCCAGACUUCUACAGCCAGUUCCACUCUCAGAAUGGAGACUUCAACACCUGCAGUGGAGCCGACGGACGUCCUGCCACUGCCUACGGUUUUCGUCCUGAUGAGCCUUUCUUCCACAGCUACAGCUCCACCAGAUAGAGCUGCUGCAUCUUACCUUGCAUUUCACUACAAGACAACUUUUUUUUUCUCCUACAAAACUCAUGUGGGCCCACCCUUGGAUUUAAAGGCAGGAUUAAUAGCGAGACCCCAGUAAAAUGCUUGGUGAUGCUUUAUAAUAACUUUUAAUUAUUCAUUAACAAAA